CUACAUUUUCAUAUUGUUAUUAAACUUACUUCAUCAUUAAUUAUGUCAUUCAUUGCACCUAAAUAUUCCGAAAAUACUUCAACUGAUAAAGAUUCGGACAAUCCUGCAGUACUACUUAACUUUGACCUCUUUAAAUAUAUUGAACUCGAUAAAAAGCUGUGAAGCUAUCAUAAACUAGUUUUUACCUAACGGUAUGUUAUGGAGCCGACCGACACACAUGCGUACACGUCGACUAAAUUGAAGAUGUUUAAUCCUCAUACAUUUAUGAUUGCAGAUGUUCGCUACGCUACGUCACUUUAUCUGCAGUCAUUCAAGUAGCAUUGUUAGCGUAAAUACAUUGAUUGGAGGUUAUAUUUUUACAUUUCGACUACAAUAAUAACUACACUACAUUUACACAGGAUAUUUUAUUUUAAAAAUUUUCCUGGCUUAGGUAUAGGCAUUGAACGACCACAGACGCAACAUAGCUUUAUUUUAUCCAAUUUAUAUCCGUGGUGACAGCUUCUUAUACGCUUGUAGUUGUGUUGUGUGAUAAUGAUUAACAAAGUAAACACGAUAUUGUUUUAAGUCAUAAAGUGUAGUGAAUUGAAUUGGUGUGUAAGUACACAGUAUAUGUAUGUAGAUGUUGAUAAGAACAUUGCCCGUCCAGUCAUACGUUUUCAGCGGCACGAACCGCUCGUGUUUUUGAGUCACGUUUGUUUACGUCCACGUAACAAUAGUAAUUGAAUAUGAGUGCCAACGGUGCAAGCGACGAAGUACCCAUCAGAGGGAUUCCAAACAAUGAAAGAAUCAGCCGUUUAAAGGAACAUUUUAUCCAGGAAUUCGGAAACGAUCCAUUGUUUUUUGUCAGAGUGCCGGGACGCGUGAACCUAAUUGGUGAACACAUUGAUUAUUGCGGCUACCCAGUGUUGCCCAUGGCACUCGAACAGGAUAUACUGAUAGCCGCUGCGAUACUAAAUAAACCAGAACUUCAUGUACGAAAUGUAAAUAAUAAAUACAGCAAUUAUGUAACGGAAAUUAAAUCAUGUGAAGAUAUAAAUAUUAUUUCGGAUCAUAACGGUAAACCGUUUUGGUAUAAUUACGUGCUGUGUGGGGUUAAAGGUGCUUUGGAAUUUUUGGACGGUAAAAUUACUUCAGGACUACAGGUUUGUGUUGAUGGAAUCAUUCCUCCUGCAUCUGGACUGUCAAGUUCGUCUGCUUUAGUAAGUGCAGCAUGCCUGGCUCUUCUGUAUGCUCAAAAUGUUCCCCUGAGUAAAACUGACAUUGCGUCUUUAUGUGCAAAAUGCGAGCGAUACAUCGGAACUCAAGGAGGCGGUAUGGAUCAAGCAAUAGCAUUUUUAGCUGAGAAGAACUGCGCCCAAUAUAUUACGUGGCAACCCCUGAAUGCUACACCUGUGGCCCUUCCCGAGAAUGCAGCGUUUGUUGUGGCACAUAGUUUAGCAGAAGCUAACAAAGCAGCAACCAACGAUUUUAAUCGACGGGUGAUUGAAUGUAGGUUGGCGGCUAAAAUUAUAGCUACGUGUGCAGGUGCAGCUACUGAUAACAAAAUUAUUACACUUAGCCAAGUACAAAAUAAACUCGAUAACACUUUAGAAGAUAUGGUAAAUCUUGUACACAAGUAUUUGCCUAAGGAAUUGUAUACAAAGGAAGAAAUAUGUGACAUUUUAAAUGUUAAUGAAGAAGAACUAGAGCAAUUUUAUUUAACACCAAACACGAAGCAUUUGACGGAGUUUAAAUUAAAACAACGCGCUCUUCACGUUUACGAAGAAGCCAUUCGUGUGGAAGAUUUUCGUAAACAUUGCUCGCAAACAGUGUCAAACGGGACUAAAGUUAAUGGUUAUGGUGUGAAUGGAAAUGGGUCUUGUGAAAAUGGUGAUGCCAAAGAUAUAAUUGAUGUACUUGGAAAUCUUAUGUCCGGUAGUCACCACAGUCUGAAAGACCUGUACGAAUGUUCUCACGAUAAUUUGGAUCAUCUAGUCAAUAUAUCAAAAGAGAUGAAUGUCCAUUCUCGUCUCACUGGUGCUGGGUGGGGUGGAUGUAUUAUUGCUUUGUGUCCAAAAGAGAAAGUCGAUAAAUAUAUUGAUCAUUUAACAGAAAACUUUUAUAUAAAACAUUGUAAUAUCGACAAAAGUCAAGCUAAGUCAUAUGUAUUUGCUACUACUCCAAACCAUGGUGCAGAAAUAUAUUUAAAUAAAUAAAUUAUUACUAACGAACAUAGGUUCGAAAACUGUAGCUAAUAUAAUUGCUAGUAAGUACUUUGUAGUAUUGUUAUUGUAUCCACCGCCUUAGCUAUGAUGUUUACAAUUACGAUAACAUACCUUUGUUAUUAAAAUAUGCCAUAAAAGGUGCUCAACAUAGCUAUUUUGAUUAGGUUGAUUUAUAUCUAGUUGAACGUUAGAUAUUACCGCUAUUUUGGGUAGUAUUCGUAUUUCUUAAUAUAGGUACCUAUUAAAAAAAUAUAACAGCUUUACGUUUAUGUAAUUAGAGAUAAAUAUGUAAUGUAUUAUUACUUUCAAAUCAACAGCAUUUAUUAUUUCAUUAACGAGUAAAUAUUAAUAUUAGCUUUAGAAAUUGUGUUUA